CAGCCGCCUCCUUCCCCUCGCGCCCCCGCUCUGCCCCACUCCUCCGUGUCCUCGGUCGACGCUGCCCUCGGCCCGGGCUCGUUUCCCGCGCCGGGGGACGCCUCUUGCCUCCCCUUGCCGGGCUGCGGGGGAGCCCCGCCGAGACCAUGAGGAAAUUCAACAUCAGGAAGGUGCUGGACGGCCUGACCGCCGGCUCGUCCUCGGCCUCGCAGCAGCAGCAGCAACAGCAGCACCCGGCUGGGAACCGGGAGCCCGAGAUCCAGGAAACGCUCCAGUCCGAGCACUUUCAGCUCUGCAAGACUGUUCGCCAUGGAUUUCCCUAUCAACCUUCAGCCCUGGCCUUUGAUCCUGUACAGAAGAUCCUGGCCGUCGGAACUCAGACUGGUGCUUUAAGGCUCUUUGGUCGUCCAGGAGUAGAAUGUUAUUGUCAACAUGACAGUGGAGCUGCAGUAAUCCAGCUUCAGUUCCUGAUUAAUGAGGGAGCUCUCGUGAGUGCCUUGGCUGAUGACACCUUACAUUUAUGGAAUUUACGUCAAAAGAGACCUGCCAUAUUACAUUCACUUAAAUUUUGCAGAGAAAGGGUUACAUUUUGCCAUCUGCCUUUCCAGAGUAAGUGGCUCUAUGUGGGCACUGAACGAGGUAAUAUACAUAUUGUCAAUGUGGAGUCCUUCACACUCUCAGGCUACGUCAUUAUGUGGAAUAAAGCCAUUGAACUGUCAUCUAAAUCUCACCCAGGACCGGUUGUCCAUAUAAGUGAUAACCCAAUGGAUGAAGGAAAGCUUUUGAUUGGCUUCGAAUCUGGAACAGUGGUGUUAUGGGACCUCAAAUCAAAGAAAGCCGACUACAGAUACACGUAUGAUGAGGCUAUUCACUCUGUUGCUUGGCAUCAUGAGGGAAAACAGUUUAUUUGCAGUCAUUCAGACGGCACCUUGACUAUAUGGAAUGUGAGGUCCCCAGCUAAACCUGUACAGACAAUCACUCCACAUGGAAAACAGUUAAAGGAUGGGAAGAAGCCAGAACCAUGCAAACCUAUCCUCAAGGUGGAAUUCAAAACGACUAGAUCUGGGGAACCUUUUAUUAUUUUAUCAGGAGGUUUGUCCUAUGAUACUGUAGGAAGAAGACCCUGCUUAACAGUUAUGCAUGGGAAAAGUACUGCUGUGCUGGAAAUGGACUAUUCAAUUGUGGAUUUUCUUACGCUAUGUGAAACACCAUACCCAAAUGAUUUUCAGGAACCAUAUGCUGUGGUGGUUCUUCUGGAAAAGGAUUUAGUACUUAUAGACCUUGCACAAAAUGGAUAUCCUAUAUUUGAAAAUCCCUACCCUUUGAGUAUACACGAAUCCCCUGUCACAUGUUGCGAAUAUUUUGCUGAUUGUCCUGUGGACCUCAUUCCUGCACUUUAUUCUGUUGGAGCUAGACAGAAACGUCAAGGUUACAGCAAAAAGGAAUGGCCCAUUAAUGGAGGUAAUUGGGGCUUAGGUGUUCAAAGUUACCCAGAAAUAAUUAUUACAGGGCAUGCUGAUGGAUCAGUUAAGUUCUGGGAUGCUUCUGCAAUAACUCUGCAAGUAUUAUAUAAACUAAAGACAUCUAAAGUAUUUGAAAAGUCAAGAAAUAAAGAUGACAGGCCAAACACAGAUAUUGUAGAUGAAGAUCCAUAUGCCAUUCAGAUCAUCUCCUGGUGUCCGGAAAGUAGAAUGCUGUGCAUAGCUGGAGUUUCAGCUCAUGUCAUUAUUUAUAGAUUCAGCAAACAAGAAGUGAUUACAGAAGUCAUUCCGAUGCUUGAAGUUCGAUUGUUAUAUGAGAUAAGUGAUGUGGAAUCCCCCGAGGGUGAACAGGCACCACCUUUGCCGACACCUGUAGGGGGCGCCACUCCUCAGCCCAUUCCUCCUCAGUCUCAUCCUUCUACCAGUAGCAGUUCAUCUGACGGACUUCGUGAUAAUGUCCCUUGUUUAAAAGUUAAAAAUUCACCACUUAAACAGUCUCCAGGUUAUCAGACAGAACUAGUUAUUCAGUUGGUGUGGGUGAGUGGAGAACCACCACAACAAAUAACCAGCCUGGCAGUCAAUUCUUCCUAUGGACUGGUAGUUUUUGGCAAUUGUAAUGGCAUUGCUAUGGUAGACUACCUCCAGAAAGCAGUACUCCUCAACCUGGGCACUAUUGAAUUAUAUGGCUCCAAUGAUCCUUAUCGGAGAGAACCCCGGUCUCCUCGUAAAUCUCGACAACCUUCAGGAGCAGGUCUGUGUGAUAUUAGUGAAGGGACUGCAGUCCCAGAGGAUCGCUGCAAAUCUCCAACUUCUGGUUCUUCAUCACCACACAAUUCAGAUGAUGAACAAAAAAUGAAUAAUUUUAUAGAAAAGGUGAAGACCAAAAGCAGAAAGUUUUCCAAGAUGGUAGCCAGUGAUAUAGCAAAGAUGUCAAGGAAGUUAAGCUUGCCUACUGACCUAAAGCCUGACUUAGAUAUAAAAGAUAAUUCCUUCAGCCGAUCACGGAGUUCUAGCGUAACCAGCAUUGAUAAAGAAUCCCGAGAAGCCAUCUCUGCUCUUCAUUUCUGUGAAACUUUUACUCGAAAGGCAGAUUCAUCUCCUUCCCCAUGUUUAUGGGUUGGUACUACUCUGGGAACAGUGCUUGUCAUUGCACUGAACCUUCCACCCGGAGGAGAGCAAAGACUUCUUCAGCCAGUCAUUGUGUCUCCAAGUGGUACUAUAUUGAGGUUGAAAGGAGCGAUCCUGAGAAUGGCAUUCCUGGAUACCACAGGCUGCUUAGUACCACCUGCAUAUGAAUCCUGGAGAGAACACAAUGUUCCUGAAGAAAAAGAUGAAAAGGAGAAAUCAAAGAAACGACGGCCUGUCUCCGUAUCCCCCUCCUCUUCUCAGGAAAUUUGUGAAAACCAGUACGCAGUGAUAUGUUCUGAAAAGCAAGCAAAAGUCAUCUCACUGCCAUCUCAGAACUGCGCUUACAAGCAAAACAUUACAGAGACCUCGUUUGUGCUUCGUGGAGACAUCGUAGCAUUGAAUAACAGUAUCUGCCUUGCCUGUUUCUGCGCCAACGGACAUAUUAUGACUUUUAGUUUGCCUAGUUUAAGACCUCUACUGGAUGUGUAUUACUUGCCCCUCACCAACAUGCGGAUAGCCAGAACAUUCUGCUUCACCAACAAUGGACAAGCAUUAUAUCUUGUUUCACCUACAGAGAUCCAGAGACUGACUUACAGUCAAGAGACCUGUGAAAAUCUUCAGGAGAUGUUGGGCGAACUCUUCACUCCUGUAGAAACACCUGAAGCACCAAACAGGGGAUUCUUUAAAGGCUUAUUCGGAGGUGGUGCACAAUCUCUUGAUAGAGAAGAACUGUUUGGAGAAUCGUCCUCAGGAAAGGCUUCAAGGAGUCUUGCACAGCAUAUCCCUGGCCCAGGUGGCAUCGAAGGUGUGAAAGGGGCCGCGUCUGGAGUCGUCGGUGAAUUAGCACGAGCCAGGUUGGCCCUAGAUGAAAGAGGGCAGAAGCUUGGUGAUCUGGAAGAAAGAACCGCAGCUAUGUUGUCUAGUGCAGAUUCGUUUUCUAAACAUGCUCAUGAGAUGAUGUUGAAAUACAAAGACAAGAAGUGGUACCAGUUCUGACAGCUAGAAAUCCAACUAAGUACAACGUCAGCCAGAAGGAAAAAGAAUUUUCCUUUUUUAUUUUAUCGAUUUCACUUUAGGAAAGUUAACAUUAAAGGGAUGUUCGUCACUGGAUACUGCUCUUUCCUAGCACAAUCACACACUGUUUUCCCUCAGUCAUGUGGCUUUAACUGAGGAGGAGUGUCCACAGACACUCAAAGUGGAGUCUAUGGUGUGUGCCAGCUCUGAGGUGACGGUUUGGGAACUAAGCAGGUCACGUGUUACAGACGAAGAAACAAAGGGGGAUGUCGAGGAGACCUGGCAGGGACUAUUCCUGGAUCAUUCCUGUAUUAAACUUGCAUAUGCCAAAAGAGUUUGUGCUGUCGUAUCUGCCUUCAGUGUUUGACCUCUUUGAGGGAGAGGCAAUAAGUCUGAGGUCCUGAAGCUGAAAUAGUUAUGUUUGUGUCACUGACUGAAUUAUGAACAGCUGUCUUGGACUUUCCCUUCCUUAAACAGACUGGUCAUCAGUAUCAUUAGUGAAAAAGAAACAAACUGUUUGUUACCAUAUCUUUAGACAGAUAAGCUGAAUGGUGGGCUUUAAAUAAUAAAAACAUACACAUAGUUGACUUGUGUAUGGGCUACUCUUGGAUUCUUGUUAUUGUAUAUUUGUGUUUAGUCCAUAUUUUGUCAAAAGCAAAACAAGGUGAUACAUCACUUUUCAUUGAAAAGAAAAGUGUAGAGCAUGACUGAACUGCUCAUCAUUCUGGGAGUUUCCAUGUAGUGGCUAUACAGUGUGGAAAGUGAGAAAAACCUCCAUUGUGGUGAGGAGAAUACUUCAAUGUCCCUUGUCCUUGUUCUCAUUAAUUCAGCUAAAGGUGGAUUUGACCAAAAUAGUUACUGGUUACCUUUGUAGAAAUGUUGAAAUUGGCUAAAUUUUUAAUUUUGCUUGAAUUUUUAUAAAAUGUUUAACCAAAUGUACCUUUGCAUUAUUUAAUUAAAAUUGCUUAAAAAAAAGUUUCUUUAUUUCACUAAAAUGCUCAGCUCCCUUUUUAAAAUGCCCUUUAUUUGCUAACAGUUCCAGUACACUCAGGUGAUGAGCCAAUUAAAUCUUAGUGCACAUGCUGUCGCAUGGAAAAUUACAAGCAUCUCUUGUCAAUAAUUAUCUAUAUAAGAGUCUAGUCUGAUGACCUACAAAAUAUUUUCUGUAGAAAUAUACUAUAAAUCUGUACAUGUCCUUUCAAGGUUUUAAAAAGCCAAAAGGAAAGGGAAAUAUGUGCAUUUUGGUAACUAAAUUAUUUCUGUAUUGGAGUAUAAUACAAAUGAGACCAUCAGUGGACAAUAAAUGAUUGGUUCCUAGAAGAGCAUUACAGACAGGAACGAGAUGGCUUGGAAGGAAGUAAUCUCAUAAUGCAGGCUCAUCUGAGAUUAUUACCGAUUGUUCUUAAGGCAACAAAGGAGGAGCAAAAUAGAAGCAUUACACUUACUGUUAAUGAAAUUUAAAUAUUUUCUUCUAUAAAAAAUUGCUUAAAACAGUUUUCCUUUUUUCUGUAAGAGAGAAUCAGAGCACAAAUUGAUAGCAAACUUGAUGGUUGUUUUGCUAUCCCAUAGGAUCAUUAAAGGUAUAUGUAGAACACCUUAAUUUCGCACAGUCUGUUAGGCGUUUUUUCCUCUUGGUUAUUUUCAUUAAUAAAGCUUUUAUGUUUACAUUUUUAUAAUGUGCACUAUGGGAUACAAAAGUUUACAUUAAAAUUUACUUUAAAUAUCAUUAUGGAGGGACUAAAUAUAUGUGAUAGAGAUAAUUGAUCAAGCCAAAACAUUUCAGAAGUCAUUUUCAAAAGUUUUUGAAUUUGUAGAAAAUACCUACAGAUAACAUAUUUCUGUUUAGUUAAUGUCAGCAAUAUGAUGAACAUUCAGGAGUUUACAGAUGGCUUAAUUUGUAUCCUGUAUUAUCUUAGAAACCCCUUGUUCCAUGAUCUGUCACAGGAAGUAUUAGGCCCUUUUUAAAGGUACAGUUUUAAGAGUGUCCUCAAUUAUAUCAACAGUGAAAGGAUUUGAAGUUGAGAAGCGUUAAGUAAAGUAAUAAACUGACGAUUCCCCAUUUCGUAGAAGGGCAUAUUAGCUCCAACUGUUUAAUUUGCUGUUAUUUUGUGUUAAUUGUACAUCAACUUUAUUUUCACUGUCAUUUUUCCUGUUGUAUAUAAAAUGAGCUAAUCCUGUAAUUAUUUUCAAAUAGAGAAGUAGAUACAUUUAUCGGAGAUGGACUUUAUAAGAAAAUGUUAAAUCAAUAUUUUGAGUUAUUUUAUUUCAUUUUUAAAUCUACAGAUUAUGCACAGCAAACUAGAAACUCACUUAGGAUUAGAAGGCUUGAAGUAUUUUUGAGAAUAGGAAAUAGCUUCUCUGAGUUAUACUUGAUUCAGUCUGUAGAUAAGAGACAGUCUGCAGUAAUAACUAACCCAGGGAAUUUAUUGUAAUUUGAGAGAGAACAUCUCUAUUUUUUUUCUUUUUAAGAGCAAAAAGUAACAGUCACCAGCAAGCCAGGAUUUCAGGAAAAUAAACCAAAAAAAAAAAAAAAA